AUGUGUGAGGAGGACGACCUGUGUGAGGAGGACGACCUGUGUGAGGAGGACGACCUGUGUGAGGAGGACGACCUAUGUGAGGAAGACGACCUGUGUGAGGAGAACGACCUGUGUGAGGAGGACGACCUAUGUGAGGAGCACGACCUAUGUGAGGAGGACGACCUAUGUGAGGAGGACGACCUGUGUGAGGAGGACGACCUGUGUGAGGAGGACGACCUGAGUGAGGAGGCCGACCAAUGUCACGACCUAUGUGAGGAGCACGACCUAUGUGAGGAGGACGACCUGUGUGAGGAGGACGACCUGUGUGAGGAGGACGACCCGUGUGAGGAGGACGACCUGUGUGAGGAGGACGACCUGUGUGAGGAGGACGACCCGUGUGAGGAGGACGAUCCAUGUGAGGAGCACAACCCGUGUGAGGAGGACGACCUGUGUGAGGAGGACGACCUGUGUGAGGAGGACGACCUGUGUGAGGAGGACGACCUGUGUGUGGAGGACGACCUGUGUGAGGAGGACGACCUAUGCGAUAUAAAGACGUCACCUUCAGACGUCUCUAAAAUUCCCAGAAUGUCUUUACGAAGAGAGGCGCCGCCAGUAAUACUUCCUAGAAAGACAACGGCUCAAAGGAAAAUUGCCAGAGAAAGUCUACUCAAGGAAAGGAGUGAGAUCCUUGCUGGAGUAAAGGCUUCCUGGAAGUUGGUCGCCCAUCGUCAACAUCAGAGGUAG